UGAAAAAUACUUUUUGUGUUUGAUAUUUAAGAGAAUCUUUAUAUUAUCCCACCUUUGUGGAUAGUCUAAGAUAUGUAAAUAGAGGUAUUGGGUUAGGUGAGAUGCAUCAGAAGGUAUACAGCAAAGGUGGGUCGGAAUUCCAAUUUCCGAUGUUUUUUCCUUGCGAUUUCCGAGUUCCGUCUUUUGAGCCAUUUCCGAUUUCCGACACUAGCAGAGGUGAAUCGGAAUUCCGAUUUCCGACGUUUUUUCCUUCUGAUUUCCGAGUUCCGACUUUUGAGCCAAUUCCGAUUUCCGACAGUUCUAAUUUCCGACACCACUGA